CGCAAUAUAAUACUGAGGCGUGGCCUUUAAUUUUACGACGCGAGUCUUCGGAUGACAGGAAGUGCUUCCGGGUGAAACACAGUGACCUUGGCUGCUUGUGAUCGCUAUGGCGGCUCUGGUGAGGAUCAGCUCAGUGUGCAACAGGGGCGUUAGCCCUCUGUUAUUCCGCAGCGCUUCUCUCAUCAGACCUUUGGCAGCACAGAAAAAGGAUCAGGAUCACUUGUACUUUCUCACAGCCAAAAUACACGCAACACCGGUUUAUUAUGCUGCGUCUGGGUCUAAAGCUGCUUCACUGCACUGGACAGGAGAGCGAGUCCUGAGUGUACUUCUCCUAAGCAUGGGUCCUAUCGCCUAUUUCUACCCCGGCCCUGCCAUGGACUACUCCCUGGCUGCAGCGCUCACUCUGCAUGGCCACUGGGGAUUGGGCCAGAUUGUGACUGACUACGUUCAUGGAGAUUCGAAAGUCAAGUUGGCCAGAGCAGGCCUCUUUAUUCUAUCCACUGUAACCUUUGCAGGUCUAUGCUACUUUAACUACCACGACGUAGGGAUUUGUAAAGCUGUAGCUCUCCUCUGGAGUAAAUAGUUGGACUGUCAUGAAGGGUUGACAAAGUGGUUCGGGUCCUGAAGGGUUUUUUUCUUCCCCCCCAGUUGAUGUCCCAGUCGAAUGUAUACAUUUGUGGGAUUAAAUGUAAAUUCUAUAAAUAUCAUUUUGACAAGAUAUCACAUUGAUUCAUGAGUGUUUGUAAAUGCUGUUGACUAAAUUGAAUAUUUUUUCUGCUUAAAUUAUGACAGCAUGUAAGUGUGUGUGGGGGCGUCUGGGCUGACUUGGUAUGUUUUUGAGAGUGUGUUAGAGCUCAUAUCCACUUACUGUAUUUCGUAUGGAUACCAAGGGACAAAAAAAAAAUCAGCAUCUGUUUUUUUCUGUUAGUCAUCUGAAUCAUUGUUUUACACGUCAAAACCCACAUAAUGGUUGCUUUUCAUUUAUUGAAGUAUUUUUAUACAUUGAAAACACUCGCAUAAGAACCUGUCCUGGUUCUGCUUCACCUCCUGUUGUCUUGAAGGAAUGCUUUCUGUUUGCUGAUUAGCCGUAAACGAUAAAUUCAAAAGUAAUUCUGAUCUCAGCUUUUCAGUUUUUUCGGAGCACUGUGAGUCAGUGACAGCCAUGGCUAUUUAAUCUACUGACUUUAAAAUCUACCUUAAAAUCUGUCAGUAUUUUUUUCAUGGCCUUAAUUCUGUUCAAAUUCAGCAUUUUGUGUAUAAAUUUUACAUGGCCUUAAUUGUUUCAGCUGAUUAUAUUUUGAUAUCUUGUCAUUUAUCUGCAACAAUGGUCAGAAUAUUAUAAAAUCAGUGGAGCCAUCUGCUUAUGUAUGCAUGUGUAAAUGUGUGUGUACAAGCUAAGACAUGACCACGAAUGAUGCCAGGCUCUAUCAUAUUUGAAUGCACAAGUUUGCUUUGAAUAAAGUCAUUUGUCUUUGGCCUCUCUGAAAUAAAGUCAGUUUUACUGAG